UCUGGAAAUCAUUUCUCUUAAUUAGCUUUUGCUCUUAUUUCUUUCUUGUUCCAUUUUAAAUCUGUCUCUCAAAUCUUCUUCCUCGUAUAUUUAUUUUGUUAUAUUUAUAAUAGCAUUAUAUUUGUUCAUUUAAAUCAAUUCUUACAAGAGAAGAAAUAGACCUAAGCUGGCCGAAAUCUUAUCCCUUUUCCUUAUUCUAACUCUGGUAUUAAGAAGAGACAAGAGUCAUCCAACUUGAAAGAAAAAUUCUGAAUGGAAAGAGUUAUAAAUUAGGACAGAGACAGACGGGGCAAAAACAACAACGAACAGAGCAAAAUUGACGACAAAUCAGUUCGAUGAUGUAGCUUGGUCCUUUCCAAUUGGAAUGGUCACAAAAGUCUACUGCCAACCUGGCGUUUGUCGUCGUCCGAUUGAGCGUCUCCGUCAGGUCUCCCCUUCUGCAGGCCCGUUUCCAUAAUUCGUAUAUUAAAUCUAACAAUAAAGUAAGACUCUGUCAAUAUACGAUUGUUGGCAUCCAUAAUAUGAAAAUUGACAUGCAUGACCGCCAUACGUUCACAUGAAGAUGGCUAUAUUUAGGGAGAAAACAAUAUGCAAUUUACAGUUUGAAAAUCAGAAAAAUAAGAAUACAGCUAGCUGAGGUGAAAAAUGGCGGAAAACGAUAGAGUCGAGGUCAAAGAUGAGAGCAAAGAAAAAUCAAGAUUGCCAUCAGGGUCACUGUGGAGGGUUCUGAAAUAUGCUGAUUGGAAGGACAAGGUGUUGAUGAUGCUUGGUUUAAUUGGAUGCUUUGCAAAUGGAUUGGGUAUGGCUCUGAUUCAAAUAGUUAUGAGCAACUUAAUGAAUAGCUACGCUUCUUCUUUCUCUCGUCAAGAUAUGAAUAAGUUCGCUUUGGACUUUAUUUAUCUUGCAGUUGGCGUGGGUUCAGGGGCAUUUCUUGAAGGAUUUUGUUGGGCACGAACCGCUGAGAGACAGACAUCAAGAUUACGCACAAUGUAUCUGAAAGCUGUACUGCGUCAAGACGUAGGAUUCUUUGACACAAGUGAGGAUAAAUCCAUCACAUCCCAAGUUGUCUCCACUAUCUCAAAUGACAUGCUCAAAAUACAAGGGGUUUUUUCUGAAAAGUUGCCAAAUUUCCUUACAAAUAUGUCAUUAUUCAUCGCACCUCAACUGGCUGCUUUAUACCUUUCAUGGAGAUUGGCCGUGGUGGUUGUUCCCGGCCUCUUUUUGCUGAUUAUUCCGAUGAUGGUGUAUGGGAAACUCUUAAUGAAGAAUGGAAUGGAGAUAUAUAAAGCGUAUGCGGUUGCAGAAGGGAUAGUCGAACAAGCCGUGUCAUCGAUAAGGACUGUAUAUUCGUACGUUGGAGAGGAAAGGAUGAUGAAAAGCUAUUCAAAUGCAUUACAACAAACAAUGCAACUCGGAAUCAAGCAAGGAUUGUUGAAAGGAAUGGCGAUUGGGAGUAUCGGAGUUACAUUUGCACUGUGGGCAUUUCAGGCGUGGUACGGCAGCGUUUUAGUGAUCCAGAAGGGAGAUAAAGGUGGGAAUGUUUUUACUGCUGGAGCUUGUAUCGUAUUUGGAGGACUUGCUCUUGGGAGUGCAUUAAACAACGUUCGGUUCAUUACGGAGGCAAACGUUGCCGCUUCACGAAUAUUUGAGUUGAUUCACCGAGUUCCGAGCAUCGAUUCUGAAAACCAACAAGGCGAAAUCAUAGCAGAUGUUAAAGGUGAACUGCAGUUCAACAAUAUAGAUUUUGCCUAUCCUUCAAGACCAGAUAGCUUGGUUUUAAAAAAGUUCAAUUUAAAAGUAAUGGCCUGCCAAACUGUUGCUUUGGUGGGCAAAAGUGGUUCUGGUAAAUCAACUGUUAUAAAUUUACUAGAAAGAUUUUAUGCUCCUCUUCGAGGAGUAAUCCUCCUUGAUGGUGUUGACAUAAAAGAGCUCCAAUUAAAAUGGCUUCGAAGUCAAAUGGGUCUUGUCAGUCAAGAGCCUAUUCUUUUUGCCACCACAAUCAAAGAUAAUAUCCAGUUUGGGAAAGAAAACGCUUCAAUGGAGGAGAUCAUCAGAGCAGCUGAAGCCGCGAAUGCACACAACUUCAUUGAGCAACUACCCAACAAAUAUGACACCUUGGUGGGGCAGUUGGGAAUUCAGAUGUCUGGAGGGCAAAAACAAAGGAUUUCUAUAGCAAGGGCAUUGCUUAGAGACCCAAAAAUCCUGCUACUAGAUGAAGCGACAAGCUCACUGGAUUCACAUUCUGAAAAGGCUGUGCAGGAUGCUCUAAAUCAGGCUUCAAUCGGGCGAACUACAAUAAUUAUCGCACAUCGUCUUUCUUCUCUGCGCACUGCUGAUUUAAUUACAGUCAUUAAUUCGGGAGAAGUGGUUGAAUCAGGUUCUCAUGAGGAGCUCUUGCAAAACACAAAUGGUGCGUACUCAACAAUGGUGCAACAACAGAAAACUUUGACUGAUGAUGAAGUUACUGUCUCCCUUGUUAAAGAAACUGAAUGCAGAAAUGAUAAUGAACCUAUUUCUGAAGGUUCUUUUGAAAAUAAGGAAAGUGUCAAGAAGCCUGAAGAUCCUCAUGAUCCCCCAAAUUUGAAGCAGUUGAUGCUCAUGGCAACGCCUGAAUGGAAGUCAACCCUUUUAGGUUGCAUUGGGGCAAUUUCCAAUGGGCUAAUUCAGCCAUUUCAUACUUUCUGCAUGGGUUCUCUUCUAUCUGUUUACUUUCUAAAUGAUAAAAAUGAGAUUAGAUCAGAGACAAGAAAGUAUUGCUUCAUCUUCUUGUCCUUUGCCGCCUUGUCCUGCAUCACCAAUGUGAUUCAGCAUUACAAUUUUGGGCAUAUGGGAGAGAGCUUGACCAAAAGGGUGAGAGAAGAUGUGUUUGGAAAGAUUUUAACCUUUGAGAUGGAGUGGUUUGAUGAAGAAAACAACAACAGCGGCGCAAUAUGUUCAAGAUUGGCUACUGAUGCUACCAUGGUAAGAACUCUGAUCGCUGAUCGAUUGUCGUUGCUGGCUCAGUCCAUUUCAUCAACUACUUUAGCAGCUGUUCUGACUCUAGUACUAUCCUGGAGACUUGCAAUUGUAGCACUCGCCGUUCAACCGCUUGUAAUUUGCGCCUACUAUGGCGUUGCAGUUAUAAUCAAGAGAAUGUCCAAGAAAAUACUGAAAGCACAAAACAAGGCCAGUGAAUUAGCCAGUGAGGCAGUUGGAAACCACAGGAUUAUUACCGCAUUUUAUUCUCAAGAUAAGAUUUUGAAACUAUUUGAGCUCACACAAAUAAUUCCCGAGAAAGAGAGCCAUAGACAAUCCUGGUAUGCAGGUUUUGCAUUAUAUUUCUCACAAUUCAUCACAUCUGCAAACACUGCACUACUUCUCUGGUAUGGUGGGAAACUUCUCUAUCAAGGAAAUAUCCUAUAUAAGAAUAUCUUUCGGAUAUUCUUCAUCUUGAUGUCCACAAGUAAAGUGAUAGCAGAUGCAGGAAGCACAACAUCGGAUUUGUCCAAGGGAUCAAGUGCAUUGGAGUCGAUUUUUAUGAUUUUGAAAAGAAAGAGUAAAAUGGACCCGGAUGAUUUACAGGGUAUUAAACCAGAAAAGAUAGAAGGAGACAUAGAGUUUAAGGAGGUAGACUUUUUCUAUCCAGCUAGACCAAAACAGAUUGUUUUGAAUAACGUAAAUUUAAAGAUUGAUGCAGGAAGAGUUGCUGCUAUAGUUGGGGAAAGUGGGUCUGGGAAAUCUACCAUCAUUAGAUUGAUUGAGAGAUUCUAUGACCCAUCAAAGGGUUGCAUACAAAUUGAUGGAGUUGAUAUCAAGUGCUAUAAUCUCAAGGCUCUAAGGUCACAUAUAGCAUUAGUAAGUCAAGAGCCUACACUCUUUGCAGGGACAAUUAAAGACAAUAUCUCAUAUGGGAGGGAGAAUGCAACUGAAGCUGAAAUAACUGAGGCCGCAACAAUUGCAAAUGCACAUGAUUUUAUAAGUUCAAUGAAAGAUGGAUAUGGAACCUACUGUGGAGAAAGAGGGAUGCAGAUAUCAGGGGGUCAAAAGCAAAGGAUAGCAAUUGCAAGAGCCGUAUUGAAGAAUCCACUGAUAUUGCUUUUGGAUGAAGCAACAAGUGCACUGGACAAUAACUCAGAGAAUCUUGUUCGAGAUGCUCUUGAGAAGACAAUGGCUGGAAAAACAUGUAUGGUUGUGGCUCAUAAACUUUCAACAGUUGAAAAAUCAGAUAAGAUAUGUGUGAUUGAGAAUGGAAGGGUUGUCGAACAGGGGUCUCACGGUGAGCUACUUGGUAAAGGAGAAAAGGGUGCAUACUUUUCACUUGUGAAGUGUCAGCAAAUUGGCUUUGACUACCAUAAGAUGAGAUAGUUUAAAGAAUAGCUCAACUCUAUUUUCAUAGGAACUUAGGUAAGACUUCAAGAGGAGUGGGCUCCUUCCUUGUUUUGGUUUUUCACAUAGCCUAGUUAGGGACAUGUCCUACGAUGUGAGUUUGUUUCUUUGUGGCUUAUUAUUGUAGUGUUAACUCUUGUUUUCUUGUUCCCUAUCCUGCUCUUAUGGAAAUAGUAGAACAAGGUAAGCUUAGAUUAUAG